UUAUUUAAAAAUACUUUCAAUUCUUCUUGCCUAUAAGCUUCAGCCAAUAUAUAUAUAGGUAGCUGUGGUAGGGCUUCAUCAGGUGGUAUUUUUAAGCUAAUGAAGACAAAAGGUUUUGGAAUAAACAGCAAUUUGAUUAGUGACUGAUGUGUCUAAAAACAGAUUGAAUCUUUCAAAAAUAUAUAGAGAUAUAACCAUAGUGAGAAGCAAAUCUGAUAUGUUUUCAUCAAACAAAACUGUGAAUGAAGAAGAUUUUAAAAGAUUCACUAACAACUGUAAAGUGAAAGAGAAAACUGAAACACCAAAAGUAGACUAUGAAGGAAAAACCAUCUUGCCAAGUCGAGUAAAAAUACUUAGAAGGCAAAGUUCACUCAACACUGUUGAUAAAAAUGAAAUCAAAGACUUAAAAAAUAAAAGACCAAAGAGUUUAUUAAACACUUCAACUUUGAUAAACUCUUUUUUUCCUAUAACAGAACCUUGCUUUAAUCAGCAUUUAACACCACAGAUGACACCUUUCACAUCAAUAAGCUCAUUAGUUUCAGAUAUAGAAGAUUCUAUUGAACAACAAGCAACUACUGAAGAAAAAAUUGAACGCCGUGCUCGAAUAGACAGUUAUUUGCAAACAUUAGAUGAGAAAAGAAAUAUAUGGAAUAACUCAUGUGAAGGAAUUACUACAUUAGAUUGAGUAACUAAAACUGUUUGAAUUAAAUGUAUAAUAAAUACACAACAUAAAUAUGAAAAAAAA